UUAAGUGAAUCAUAAACCAACAGUUUUGAGCCGGUUCAAACUCUUGGUCGAGUCGUAGGGGUGAAUUGGGUUCUGGAAGACUCUGGAGAAAAACAGAACAAUCUAAAAGCCUUCUUUCUAGAACGAACCCAUUCCCUAAAUAAAACUCGCCACAAAUUGAACUCUCACAGCAAUCCUAAUCAGUAAUGGCGGCACAGUAUAAGGUGUUACCCAUGAGGAUAAAGAGAAAGGAAGUUGAAGAUGUUAGUAAUGAUGAUUUCUCCGAUUUCUCUCUUUCUUCUCCGGCCAGAAAGAUUCGUCGACUCCACAUGGAGGAACAGGAAAUUAAGGAAAUUAAUAAUCAAUUGCGGUCAGGUUGUGGAUUUGAAGAGGUGUCUGGUUCUGGUUCAGGUUCAGAGUGGAACCAAGAGAAAGCAAUUGUACUGUAUAAGAAGCCUGAAAACCCACACCAAUUCGUGCUAUAUUCUCCUUACUCCAAUUUCUCUGUUUCUGUUGAUUCUGAUUUGAUUUCUGAUUUUAAGAAUCAAUUUAUUAGGUCAAGGCGCAGCGGUGUGACCAUAAAACCAGCUGAGGAAGAAGAAGAAGAAGCAGCAAGUAGUGAAAGGAGGAGUAGCAUGGCAGUGGUUCCAUGGGUUCCAUAUAAUCCAAGUUUUGGGGAAGCAGAGACGAUGAUGGAGACAGAACAAGAUGGAAUAGAAACAAUGGAUAUUGAAGACAACACCGCUGAAAGCAGCAGCAGUAGAGGAAGUAUAGAGCAAGAGCAAGAGCAAGAGCAAGGGAAUUGGCAGGGGAAUGGGUUUGAUCUUGCAAAAGGAUUGCCCCAAUGGCAGCAACAGCACUGCUUCAUACCAAACCUUCCCUACACCACCAGCACCACCACCUCAACCCCUAUUUCAUGGUCCCAUUGUUAGGCCUUUUUUUUUCUUUUUUCUUUUUCCUUUUUCCCCUUACUAUUAAUACUAGUUUGGAAGGUGGGAAGACUGAGGCAGAAUCUGCACAGUGCUGAUUCUGUUUGGCUCUUGGAGCUCUCAGCCCGUGAUGGUGCCUGGUUUUGGUGGCUUUGGUAGAAACACGAACUGAGUGGCACUUUUUUUUUCCCUAUUUUUUGUAGUCUGUAAAUAUGCUCCAUUGGCUUCAAGUUUCAGGAGUGGUUAUUGUUGCUUUCUUCCUUA